AGAGCCGGCCCGGGCCAGUUGGGGGCGACAAAGGAAAAGAUGCGCGGGCCGUGAGGGGUGGGGGCUGGGUCCAUGUUUAAAGUAUUUUGGCCCGCGCCUGCCCGCGUUCCGUCGCGACACCGACCAAAUGCCACCCACCUAGUUAUGCCUCUACGCACAUGCAACCAUGAUGUUCGUGGCUCCCGAUCUUGCCUUGGAGCGCCGGCGCACCCAGAACCGCAUCGCUCAGCGCCGUUUCCGCGAGAAACAGAACCGUCGAAACACAACUGCGUGGCACGAAAACGACAGCCCACCAGCGCCCGAGCACGCCCACCACCCACACGCCCCCGCCCCCGCCCAAGAAGACCACUGCGAGUGGGCAAGUUCGCCCGGACCGGAAGACGGGUGGUGGUCGGUCGAGCAUGUGGCCACCAUCAACCAAACCAUGGACCCCUCCCCGCCUACCAGCCAUGGCAGCACAACUUCUCUAAACUCGGGAUCAACACCCGUCACAGCAGCCUACUGCGUCAGCAAGGGCGCCCUCCUGACCUCCCAAGGCCUCCUCAUGGGUGACGUCGGCUUCCUCGACUUCAGUCACGACCUGGAAGUGGCAGCGCCCGACGAACAGACCCACGCGCCGCCAAACAUGGCCCAACUGCUCCCACCGCCGUCUCACCGAAGCGCCUCGCCCGUGGAGCCGGGCCCCGAACUUUCCGAAGCAAACCGAGACGACUCACGUCUCUCCAGGCGGACGCGCGCCACGCCCUCAGUCAGGAACGGCGUGACCCGGCCACCCUCUGGCCCCUCCCGGCGCGCAUCAACGGCCACCGCGGAGCUGCCGAGAGACGCCGAAAACGGCACCAGCACCGGCAGCAGCGACGACGACCGGGACGACUCAAGCGGCCACCAACAGCCGUGGCAGGGGCCGCUGCACAUGGCGGCGGUCAAGGGCCACGACCGGAUCGUGCGCAUCUUACUAGGCCACACGGCGGACGCCAACGAACCCGACGGGCACGGGCGCACCCCCUUAAUGCACGCGGUCGCGGGCGGCUUCGAGGACGUGCUGCAGACGCUGCUGGCGCACGGCGCGCGCGUGGCCGACGCCGACCGCGCGGGCCGCUUCGCGCUCCACUGGGCCGUCACCUACCGUCGCGAGUCCCUGCUGCGCCGCCUGCUCGACCACUGCCGCGCCCACCAGUGCCUGGGCCUGCUGGAUCGGCCGGAUGGUGAGGGGAAGACGCCCCUGCAUCUGGCUAUCGAUAUGGGCUUCGAGGCCGGCGUGCGCCAGCUGCUGGAGAACGGCGCGGACCCGUCCUCGCGGGCGCCGUGCAACCUGUGAUGAGGAUCGAAGUUUGAUUUUGGGUUGCCGAUGGACGGGUGGGGUGGCCUCGCGAGACCUACAUGUACUCGCUAAACUUGCACGGUACCUACCUCAGGUGGUAUUCAACCCCAGAGAAUCUCCACCAAGGCUCGCUCGCGGUUCAAGUUCGUGGGACACCC